GGGCGGUCCUGGCGAGGUCCUGGGCCUGGGCUGUGGUCUGGGGGCCGGGGCCGGCGGUGUGGGGUUCGGUCCCGAGGCGACACUGGCUGCUCCUGGAUACGCCCUCCCAUUUCUUUCUCUUUCCCCGUCUUCUCAGUGUGAUUUUCUGGUUUGAGGACCCUUGGAUGGUAACCAGUUCCUUUAGGAGCCAGGAAGGGCAAAGAAAAGCGUUUCUUCAGUGAACUCCACUUUUUUGCAAAGAUUGACUUUGUCUCAGCACCUACAAACUCUUCAUCAAGAUUGGAUUAAAGCCAGUUUUUAGGUUGGCUUUGGCAAAAAAAAAAAAAAAGUGAAAAGAGAAUGCUCCACUUUAACCGAUGUCAACAUCUGAAACAAAUAACCCAGAAAUGUUUUUCUUUUAUACAUGUUAAAACGGAUAAACAUGCACAGCUAUAUCUUUCAAGAACCUUUGCACUUGCAGAAUUAAGGAAGUCAUGUCACUCAACUCACUCUCUUGUUGGAGACAAAAAUAUUAUCCUGAUGGGACUGCCUGGAGCUGGGAAAACAACAGUAGGCAGAAUAAUAGGGCUGAAACUAGGUUGUUGUGUCAUAGAUGUGGAUGAUGAUAUCCUUGAAAAAACCUGGAAUAUGAGUGUGUCUGAAAAAUUACAGGAUGUUGGUAAUGAACAAUUUUUAGAAGAGGAAGGAAAAGCUGUGUUAAACUUCUCUACAUCUGGAAGUGUGAUUUCCCUUACUGGGUCUAACCCAAUGCAUGAUACUAGCAUGUGGCAUCUGAAGAAAAAUGGAAUAAUCGUAUACCUGGAUGUACCUCUAAUAGAUAUAGUUAAUCGUCUAGAAUUAAUGAAAAUAGAUAGGAUUGUAGGUCAGAAUUCUGGGACAGCUAUGAUAGACUUACUUAAAUUUAGAAGACAGUAUUAUAAGAAGUGGUAUGAUACCCGUGUUUUUUGUGAAAGUGGGGCUUCCCCAGAGGAGGUAGCUGACAAAGUGCUUAAUGAAGUUAAAAGAUACCAAGAUGUGGACUCAGAAACAUUCAUUUCAACAAGACACAUUUGGCCUAAAGACGGUGAGCAGAAGGUUUCGACAAAAUUCUUCAGUGAAGCUGUGAUUGAGGGAUUGGCUUCUGAUGGUGGACUCUUUGUUCCUGAGAAGGAAUUUCCAAAAUUAAACUGUGGGGAGUGGAAAAGAUUAGUAGGAGCAACCUACAUAGAAAGAGCACAAAUACUGUUGGAAAAGUGUAUACAUCCUGCUGACAUACCUGCUGCCAGAUUGGGAAAAAUGAUUGAAACUGCUUAUGGGGAAAACUUUGUCUGCUCAAAAAUUGCCCCUGUCAGGCAUCUUUCAGGCAACCAGUUCAUCCUGGAGUUGUUUUAUGGACCAACAGGAUCAUUUAAAGAUUUGUCUUUACAGCUUAUGCCUCAUCUUUUUGCACACUGUAUUCCACCAAGUUGCAAUUAUAUGGUACUUGUAGCAACUUCGGGAGACACAGGGAGCGCUGUCUUAAAUGGUUUUAGUAAUCUUAAUAAAAAUGACAAGCAAAGAAUAGCUGUGGCCACGUUUUUUCCUGAGAAUGGAAUAAGUGAUUUUCAAAAAGCACAGAUAAUUGGCAGUCAGGAAGAAAAUGGAUGGGCAAUGGGUGUCAAGUCGGAUUUUGAUUUUUGCCAGACAGCUAUAAAAAGAAUUUUUAAAGAUUCUGAUUUUACUGGCUUUCUUACUGUGGAAUAUGGAACAAUCUUAAGUUCAGCUAAUUCCAUAAACUGGGGCCGAUUGCUUCCCCAAGUAGUUUAUCAUGCUUCUGCAUAUCUUGAUCUUGUUAGUCAAGGCUUUAUUUCCUUUGGAAGCCCAGUGGAUGUCUGUAUCCCCACAGGAAACUUCGGUAACAUUUUAGCUGCAGUGUAUGCCAAAAUGAUGGGAAUCCCUAUUCGAAAAUUUAUUUGUGCCUCUAAUCAGAACCACGUUUUGACUGAUUUUAUAAAAACAGGACAUUAUGACCUAAGAGAAAGGAAAUUAGCACAGACUUUUUCACCAGCAAUAGAUAUUCUUAAAUCUUCAAACCUGGAACGACAUUUACACUUGCUGGCUAAUAAAGAUGGACAAUUAAUGACAAAAUUAUUUAAUCAAUUGGAAGAGCAGCAUCACUUUCAGAUAGAAAAGAAUCUAGUUGAGAAACUUCAGCAGGAUUUUGUAGCCGACUGGUGCUCUGAGGGAGAGUGCCUCGCAGCUAUUCACUCCACCUACAAUAAUUUCGGGUAUAUUUUGGAUCCACACACUGCUGUUGCAAAAGUGGUUACAGAUAGAAUGCAAGACAAAACUUGCCCAGUGAUUGUGACAUCCACAGCUCAUUACUCAAAGUUUGCACCUGCUAUCAUGCAGGCCUUAAAGAUUCAAGAAAUCAACCAAACGUCAUCAAGUCAGCUUUAUUUAUUGGGUUCAUACAAUGCAUUACCUCCACUACAUGAGGCUUUAUUAGAGAGAACAAAACAGCAAGAGAAGAUGGAGUAUCAGGUCUGUGCAGCUGAUGUGAAUGUCCUAAAGAGUCAUGUGGAAAAACUAAUACAAAAUCAAUUCAUAUAAGUUUUCUGAGUAAAAUAAUUUUUUUUGUUAAUAACCAUGCAAUAAUAAAUCACAAGAAUUGAUUUGGA